GAUUUCUUUAUAUCUUUCUCUCUACCUAUCUGCAUCAAAAGAGAAUUUUCUUUGAGUUAUUUUAAGACGAAAACAUGGGGGGUUCGUCACCAUGUGCAUCCUGCAAACUGCUAAGGCGCCGGUGCGCCAAAGACUGCAUCUUUGCCCCUUACUUUCCUUCUGAUGAUCCCCAUAAGUUUGCCAUUGUUCACAAGGUCUUUGGUGCUAGUAAUGUUAGCAAAAUGUUGCAGGAGAUUCCAAUUCAUCAGAGAGUAGAUGCUGUGAGCAGUUUAGUUUAUGAAGCAAAUGCAAGAGUGCGAGACCCAGUGUAUGGAUGUGUUGGUGCAAUAUCUUACUUACAAAAUCAAGUAUCACAGUUGCAAAUACAACUUGCAGCUACUCAAGCAGAGAUGAAUUGCAUCCAGAUGCAACAAGAGCCUACCUUACCAACCCAGCUAGACCAAGAUGAGAAGGCACUUCUUUUAGCCAGUAGUAAUAACUUCAAUAACAUUCCUCAAUAUUUUACCUUUGCCUCUUCUAGCAAUGUAAUCCAAGACCCUCUUAAGAGAGAGUCUCUCUGGACUUGAGUAGUACUUGAAAAUUGUUUUUUUUUAAUGAAUAAUUAGUACCCUUUUUGUUCAA